CCUCCCGCUCAGGGCUCAGCCGCUCAGGGUCUCAGGUAGUCAGGUUCAUCUCCUCUGUUUCUUUAAACAUUUCCCUUCUCUCGGAGAAGACUCGGACUCUCUCCUCCCUUUGCUCUUCCUUCCCUGGCGGCGACGACUGGGUGAGCGGCGGCGCCAUCUGUCCUGUCUUCGCCCAGCCCUUUGCCGGCGACGAGCGCAUCCUCCUUCUCCAGAUCUGAGACAUGCCUAAGAUAAAGACAAGCCGUGUGAAAUAUCCAGAAGGAUGGGAGCUUAUUGAACCAACACUUCGUGAUUUGGAGGCCAAAAUGAGGGAAGCUGAAAAUGAUCCACAUGAUGGGAAGAGGAAGUGUGAAGCUUUAUGGCCCAUCUUCCGUAUUUCUCAUCAGAAGAGUCGCUACAUAUAUGAUCUUUACUAUCGAAGGAAGGAAAUAUCCAAAGAGCUAUAUGAGUUUUGCUUGGACCAAGGCUACGCAGAUCGCAAUCUGAUUGCGAAGUGGAAAAAGCCAGGUUAUGAGCGCCUCUGCUGCCUCCGCUGCAUACAAACACGAGACCACAACUUUGCAACCACCUGCGUCUGCAGGGUCCCCAAGCAUCUCAGGGAGGAGAAAGUGAUAGAAUGCGUCCACUGCGGAUGCAGGGGGUGUGCCAGCGGCGAUUAAAGCCUCAAUCUCGUGGUUGGAAAAUAAUCUCAAAACUAAUCGCGCUAGAUGUCUCGUUAUACUUGGACGAGCCUCCUAUGGGAACUUAAAAACAAACACCUUAUGAGCAUGACCAGGUGAUUACAACUUGCGCAAUGGUACGGGUGUGGAGAUGUGCCACUGCCAGGCGACUAAAAGCUUCCUCAUCUCGUGUCAAGAAAUGACGCCAAAACGAUCUGUAUUUGAUCCCCGUUGAGGACAAGCACUGUAUAAACUGUUGAUUUCAACUUGUGCAAUGUAUUGUAAAAAAAAUCAAGUGACUAUUUUCAUGGAUUGCUUACAAAUAUUGUGACUGUAUAGCGACAAAGUUUUUGUCA